CUAUCUCAAUUAAAGAUGAUCGCCUUCAAGGUCUUGAUUGCUGUUACAUGCAUCGUUUUCGUCAUGGCUGCUGAAGAGCAAAAGGAAGCCGUCGAGCAACAAGUGGCCGUCACUGACUCCGAAAGUGGCAAGGAUCUGCAAACGGCCGAGGGUACCCUGGGAGUGUACGGAGGUUAUGGUGGACUUGGUUACGGCGGACUCGGAUACGGCGGACUUGGCUAUGGCAAUGGAUUGUACGGUAACGGACUUUAUGGCGCUGGAUAUGGUGGACAUGGAUACGGUCAUGGAGCUGGUUACGGAGGUUAUGGUUUGGGUUACGGACAUGGUCUCGGAUACGGAGUUGCAGGAUAUGGCGCUGGUUACGGAUACAACCACGGACACAAUCACGGCAAUUCGGGUUAUACCAGCAUCAACAAAGUGAUCAGCCACGGAUCUAACAGCCACAGCAACGGUCACGCUCUUGGUCACGGACAUGGACACGGCUAUGGCCAUCACGGACUUGCUUAUUAAUUUCUGUAUGCAAAGCAAAAUAUUUAACAAGAAUUUUUAUUGAAUAUUUUCUAUUGUAAUCUUAUGCAAUGAUGCAAUAAUUAAAUAAAUAAUAGUAGUUUAAAA